AUGGAGGAGGUCUACGUCUUCGGCGACCAAACGGCCGACUGCAGGUCGUUCUUCACCAAGGUCUUCACCCGGAAGGACGAUGUUAUUCUACAGGCCUUCCUGGAAAGAGCUGGCGAAGCCCUCAGAGUCGAAAACAAGAGCCGAUCCCAUCCUUCAAAAGCAGUUCCUAAUUUCUCAACCAUCCAAGAAUUAGUCGAUCGUUAUUAUAGAGGCGAAGCCAAAGACGCUGCCAUUGAGAGCGCUCUCGUUUGUAUUUCACAGUUCACACAUUUUAUUGGCGCCUUUGAAGAGCGAACACCUUCCUAUAUCCCUCAUAAUGCGGACGCACGCCUCGUCGGUCUAUGUACUGGCUUAAUCGCAGCAUCAGCCGUGGCCUCGGCAGAUUCUCUAACCGCGCUGCUUCCACUGGCCGUCGAGUCCGUCCGAAUCGCCUUCCGAGCUGGAGCCCAUGUUGGGAAAGUGGCAGAGCAGAUUGAAGGCGACUCAAAGACGGGAUCAUGGUCCACCAUUGUUGCGGCGGAUGAGAAGUCUGCUCAAGCCGCUUUGGACGCGUUCCACAAAGAGAAGGGCACCUCACCAACGAGCAGAUUAUGGAUUAGCGCGUCUUCUGCAACUUCGGUCACAGUCAGCGGACCUCCUUCCACCAAGGCCAGCCUGUUCGAGGAUUCUGAAUUCUUCAGAACCCACAAAAACGCGUCUGUUUCAAUAUUUGCUCCCUAUCACGCCUCUCACCUUCACUCACAGUCGGACCUUGAAAAGAUCCUGCGCCCUCAGACCAAGGCGAUCUUCGGCAACACUACGGUCAGAUAUCCAGUCUGCUCCAGCGUGACAGGAAAGCCAGUGGAAGCUCAGAAUGGAUAUGAACUACUGAAGAAUGCUCUGAAAGAGAUUGUAAUUGAGCCCCUGAAAUGGGACAAGGUCUUGAAAUACUGCGUUUCCGGCAAGCCUUCGGAGGCAAAGGUGUUUGCUGUAGGCCCUACGAACCUUGCCAGCAGUGUGGUGUCGGCUCUCAAGGCCACCACCCCCAAGGUGACCCUUGAGGACCAGUCCCACUGGAGCACAGUGGCUCCAGCUGGUACCCAACAUUCGAAGCGUGAAGCUGACAUCGCCAUUGUCGGCUACUCGGGUCGUUUCCCGGAUGCUGCCGACAACGAACUCUUCUGGCAGCUUAUGGAGAAAGGGUUGGACGUUCACCGACCUGUUCCUCCAGAUCGGUUCCCAGUGGACUCGCACACGGAUCCCACUUCCAAGAAGAAGAACACAUCUCAUACACCAUUUGGCAACUUCAUCGAGAAACCAGGUCUUUUCGAUGCUCGGUUCUUCAACAUGUCGCCCCGAGAGGCGGCUCAAACCGAUCCCAUGCAAAGGUUGAUGCUGGCCACGGGGUACGAAGCCAUGGAAAUGGCUGGUAUUGUUCCUGGCCGUACCCCGUCCACCAAGCAUGACAGAAUUGGCACCUUUUACGGUCAGACCUCGGACGAUUGGCGUGAGGUUAACGCAGCGCAGGAUAUUGACACAUAUUUCAUUUCCGGUGGUGUGCGUGCCUUUGGCCCUGGGCGUAUCAACUACUUUUUCAAAUUUUCUGGCCCCAGUUUCUCCGUUGACACUGCAUGCUCCUCCAGUUUCGCCGCUAUCAACGUUGCAAUUACCUCUCUGAGAGCAAACGAGUGUGACACUGCUUUUACCGGCGGUGCUAACGUCCUUACAAACUCGGACAUUUUCUCGGGUCUGAGCAGAGGUCAUUUCUUGUCAAGAACAGGCUCUUGCAAAACCUGGGACAACGACGCAGAUGGCUACUGCAGAGGUGACGGUGUUGCAACCGUCAUCAUGAAGCGUCUGGAUGAUGCUCUGGCUGAUCGGGAUCCGAUCUUGGGCGUCAUUCGUGGCAUUGGCACCAACCACUCUGCUGAGGCUGUGUCCAUCACACAUCCUUGUGCCGAAAACCAGGCCUUUUUAUUCGACAAGGUCUUGAAAGAAUGCAAUGUUCCAUGCAACGACGUGAACUACGUGGAAAUGCACGGCACGGGUACUCAAGCCGGAGACGGCAUUGAGAUGGAGUCAGUCACAUCCGUCUUUGCUCCUCGCACCAACCGCAGACGCCCUGAUCAGCCUCUGUACGUCGGUGCGGUCAAGUCCAACAUCGGUCACGGUGAGGCCGUCUCGGGCGUUUCUGCACUGAUCAAGGUGAUCAUGAUGCUCCAGAAGAGCAAGAUCCCGCCGCACACGGGUAUCAAAAAGCAAAUCAACAAGAACUUUGCGCCUGAUUUGAAGGAGCGUAAUGUGAACAUCGCUUUUCAGACGACUCCAUUCCUUCGACCUGCUGGGGGAAAGCGGACUGUGUUCAUCAACAACUUUAGUGCUGCUGGUGGUAACACAGCAAUGCUCAUGCAAGAUGGCCCUGAAGUUCCAAAGGAGCCCACAAGCGACCCACGCUCGACCCAUGUUGUCACAGUCUCUGCUAAGUCGCUUGCUGCCUUCAAGAAGACGCUUGCAAGAUAUGAUGCUUAUCUUGCCAGCAAUCCCAAUAUUGGUCUUGCUGAUUUGGCAUACACUCUGACUGCUCGAAGAGCACACUACAACUAUCGUGCUGCCUUCCCAGUGCAAUCAAUUGGUCAGCUACACCAAUCUCUCAAGGCCAUUGCUGAUCAAACUCACAACCCGAUUCCCCUUGCUUCCCCACAGAUUGCUAUGGCUUUCACUGGCCAAGGGUCACAAUAUUCAGGAAUGGGCCAGAAACUGUUUGAGACUUCCAAGCAAUUCCGCUCAGACAUUGAGGAAUUCAACGAGAUUGCCCUGCGACAGGGCCUGCCAUCCAUCAUGCCCCUGAUCGAUGGAUCUACCGAAGUACAACACCUUCCUCCCACCGUUGUCCAGCUUGGCAUGUGCUGUGUUCAAAUGGCACUUACUCGUCUCUGGGCCACCUGGGGGGUCACCCCUAGCGUUGUCAUCGGCCAUUCACUGGGUGAAUAUGCUGCGCUCCAAGCCGCAGGUGUUCUGUCUGUCGCCGAUACCAUUUAUUUGGUCGGAAAGCGUGCUCAGUUGCUUGAGCAGAAGUGCACUGCCGGUACACACGCCAUGUUGGCAGUCAGAUCUCCAGUCGCUGGCCUGCAGGAUGUUGUUGCCAACAGCCAGGGCAAGAUCGAAAUUGCUUGCAUUAACGGUGUUUCAGACACUGUCCUCUCUGGCACCAUGGCAGACAUUGACGCUGUUGCUCAGAAGUUGGCUGACGCUGGUCAGAAGUGCACUAAACUAAAGUUGCCAUUUGCUUUCCACUCUUCACAAGUGGACCCGAUUCUGGCAGACUUUGAGAGGUUGGCUUCUUCCGUCACGUACCAUGCACCUCGUGUGCCAGUGAUCUCGCCUCUCCUCAGUGACGUGGUCAGCGUUGGAGGCGUCUUUGAUGCUUUCUACCUCAGCAGACAUUGUCGUAAGACGGUUGACUUUGUUGGAGGUCUUUCUUCGGGCAUGUCCACUGCUACUAUCAGUGACACCACCCUCUGGCUCGAGGUAGGCGGCCAUCCUCUUUGCGCAAGUAUGAUAAAAUCAUGCUUGUCUGUGCCAACUUUGGCGACCAUGCGCCGUGAUGAGGAUCCAUGGAAGAUCAUCUCUACCUCCAUGGCCGGUCUUUACACCGCCGGUAAGGCUCUCAACUGGGAUGGAUUCCACAAGGAGAACGACUCUCUCCGUGUCUUGAGCGACGUUCCUUUCUACGGGUACGAUGAGAAGAACUACUGGCUGCAAUAUACCGGCGACUGGCUCAUCUACAAAGGCGACUACCCGAAGUCCAUUGCCCCUGCACCUGCCGCUACCGCUUCUGCAGCUCCCGCGAAAGCACGAAAGUAUCUCUCUACAUCUGUGCAAGGUAUCGUCUCCGAAGAUGUUCAAGGCAAGACUGCCACCAUCAUCGCCGAGUCAGAUUUUGCUCACCCCAAGUUGUUCCCUGUCAUUGCUGGCCACUUGGUCAACGGAAGUGGCCUUUGCCCAUCUACGCUCUACGCCGAUAUGGCUUACACACUGAUCAACUAUGGAGUUGGGCUCUUGUCGCCUGGUGAGAAGGUCGAUAUCAACAUUGGCACAAUGGACAAUCCCGCCCCGCUUCUCCUCAAGAACAUCAGUCAACCAGAGUCCCAAAUCGUGCGUAUGACCAUGUCCAUUGACAUGAAAGCACGCAAAGCCGACUUCACUGUCACUACCAACAACGGUAAGAAGGAUGUUGUCCAUGCCAAGUGUGUCAUCCGUUUUGAAGAUGCAGCUGUCUGGAAGGAGGAGUGGAACAAGACCUCCUACCUGAUCCAGUCCCGCAUCGACCUCUUGAAGCACAAGAUGGAGAAUGGUGAGGCGGACAAAGUCAGCCGACCCAUGGCUUACAAGCUAUUCGGUGCUUUGGUUGACUAUUCUGAUGUCUUCCAAGGCAUGCAGAGUGUCAUCUUCGACGGCCAGGAGUUUGAAGCCACUAGCAACAUCAAGUUACGAGCUGGACCUAACGAGGGCGAUUUCUACUUCAGUCCUUACCACAUCGACAGCGCCUGCCAUCUUUCUGGAUUUACUGUCAACGCCACUGUGAACCGCAUGGAAGAAUGCUAUAUCUCGCACGGGUGGUCCAGCCUUCGCUUCAUCGAGCCUCUCAAACACGACAAGCAGUACUUUGCUUAUGUAAAGAUGCAGCCUGUUGCCGGAAGCAAGAUGAGGGCUGGUGAUGUCUAUGUCUUCAAUGAGAACAAAGAAGUCAUUGGUGUUGCUGGUGCUGUUCGCUUCCAGUGCAUCCCUCGCAAGUUGAUGGACGUGAUGAUGCCUAAGCCAAAGGCUGUUGCCGGUGGCAAGGCUGCUUCCCCGGCCCCUGCAGCCAAGGCUGCGUCUCCAGUCGCUGCAGCACCUGCCCCUGUUGCAGCUCCAGCUCCCAAGGCCACCAAGGCUCCGAAGACCAAGACACCCAAGGUCAAGGCACCAAAGAUCAAGACUCCUGCACCUCCCAAGGCUUCCUCUGGUAGCCUUGUGGUUCGCGCUUUCGACAUCAUUGCCAAGGAAAUCGACGUCGACCAGUCCGAACUCAACGACGACAUUCAAUGGGCCGAUAUGGGUGUGGAUAGUUUGAUGUCUUUGACCAUCUCUGGUAAAUUCCGUGAAGAUCUCGACCUCGAGGUUGAAAGCACUCUGUUUACGGACUAUUCCUCUGUUGGUGCCCUUCGCAAGCAUCUCGGCGGUAUGUCGGGGCCUGAACCAGCCACCGGUGGCGAUGCAAGCUCUGUGGAGUCGACCGACUCGGGCUCCGAGAGUGAUGACGAUACCGUCGAAUCUGGUAUCACUACUCCUGACACUGAAGACUUCCCCAGCAAGGCAGGCGAACCAGGCAAAUCUGCCGCUGUUGAGGCUGUUGCUCAGGCACCUACCGCUUCCUCCAACGGGGGUGACAUGAUUGAAACCAUCCGCGUUGUCAUCGCUCAAGAAAUGGAGAUGGACUUGGCUGAGAUCACCGAGACUACUGAUCUCAGUAACCUUGGCAUGGACUCUCUAAUGGCCUUGACUGUGUUGGGCAAGCUCCGUGAGGAUCAUGAAAUUGAUCUCGACCCAACCAUUCUGGCUGACAAUCCUUCUUUGGGCCACCUGCGAAAAGCACUUGGUCUCGAGAAACAGAAGGCUCCGGCUCCUCCGGCCCCAAAGCCUGAGGUAAAGCAAAACAUCAUUGUGGCACCAGCAGCUCCUCCUGUUGAGGUAGUCGUGCAAAUGCCUCCUGCCACUUCCGUGUUGCUUCAGGGCAACCCAAAGACUGCCACCAAGAAUCUUUUCUUGUUCCCUGAUGGAUCCGGCUCUGCGACUUCCUAUGUCUCCAUUCCGGCCAUCGACAGCAAGAACUUGGCCGUCUAUGGUCUCAACUGUCCUUUCAUGAAAGACCCCACAAGCUAUACAUGUGGCAUUGAAGGUGUCUCCAAGCUCUACAUGGAGGAAGUGAUGCGCCGACAGCCUGUUGGACCAUACAUCCUGGGCGGUUGGUCUGCCGGUGGCGUCGUCGCGUACGAAGUCACUCGACAAUUUGCCGACCUCCAGAAGGCCCACCCAGACAAGAACUACCAGGUCGCGAAGCUGAUUCUGAUUGAUUCGCCAUGCCCAAUCAGACUCGAGCCCCUUCCUGCCCGUCUUCACCACUUCUUCGACGAGAUUGGUCUCUUGGGAACUGGAACUGGCAAGACGCCCAACUGGUUGCUGCCUCACUUCGAGUACAGCAUCAAGGCCUUGACAGCCUACCGCCCAGAGCUGAAGUCAACCCAUGACUUCAAGGCACCCCCAACCCUGCUCAUCUGGGCAACUGACGGUGUCUGUGGCAAGCCUGGUGACCCCAGACCGCCACCACAAGCCGAUGAUCCGAAGAGCAUGAAAUGGCUCUUGGAGAAUCGAACCGACUUCGGACCCAAUGGAUGGGACAAACUCCUGGGUGCCGAGGUGUGCAAGAUGGUGACGGUCAAUGGCAACCAUUUCACAAUGAUGAAACCACCAGUGGCCAAGGGUGUCGGUCAAUUCAUCCGUGAAUCUCUCAUGUAA